AGUGCUUGGAGUUUGGAAGGAAGCGGCGGAGUUGUAUCUUUGUGGCGGGGAGGUCCUAGCUCAGAAGUCCCUAGUUUUAGUUGAAAACUCCUCCUUCUUGUCUCGCCCUCUCUCUGCCCAACUCCUCCCCCUACCUCUAGCUGUGUACUGAAGCAGCUGUUUCCUAGUCUGAGAGGAACGGCCUCUAAGAGCGGCGGCCCCAGGGGCAGCAAGAUGAAUGUGGGCACGGCGCACAGUGAGGUCAACCCCAAUACAAGGGUGAUGAACAGUCGAGGCAUCUGGCUCUCGUACGUGCUGGCCAUCGGGCUCCUCCACGUUGUGCUGCUCAGUAUCCCUUUUGUCAGUGUCCCAGUCGUCUGGACCCUCACCAACCUCAUCCACAACAUGGGCAUGUACAUCUUUCUACAUACAGUCAAAGGAACACCCUUUGAGACUCCUGACCAGGGGAAGGCACGGCUGCUUACUCACUGGGAACAGAUGGACUAUGGGGUACAGUUCACAGCCUCCCGCAAGUUCCUGACCAUCACACCGAUUGUGCUGUAUUUCCUAACCAGCUUCUAUACAAAGUACGACCAGCUCCACUUCAUCCUCAACACAGUGUCUCUGAUGAGUGUGCUGAUUCCCAAGCUGCCUCAGCUCCAUGGUGUCCGGAUUUUUGGGAUUAAUAAGUACUGAGGGCCAAGCUCUCUCCUUGCCCUGCCCUAGGGGAAUCUGAGAAGAUGAAGGGGGCCUCCAUGCAGGUGCCCAGAGACUGGUGUUGAGCCUGUGGGCCUAGUUAAAGCUCUCCCUUCCCCUUAUUCCCCCACCCUGCCCCCUGUAGUCAAAACAGAGUAGCCUUUAGUGGGAUUAGAGAGGGGGGGUUCUCCCCGUUCCCCCCCUCUCUCAGUGGCUUUGCCCCCUUUUUGAUUUUUCCCAUAUGGAUAAAGAAUAAAUGUGAGAGGGGUUGUGUGGUACUUCAGUGGGCCCACCUACUAGGGCUGAGGAGGGACAGAGGAUGUUGGUAAACUCCAUCAUUCACUGUAACUCUGGCCAAUGCACUUUAACCCCCUCCCUCCCCCCAAGCAGGGAGGGGCAGAGGGAAUGGUACAGCCUCUAGAUUAUAUUUCACUUUAUCAAUUCUCUUGGUUGACACUCAGAGAGAGUGAGAAUGUGUGUGUGUGUGUGUGUGUGUAUGUGUGUGUGAGUGUGAGAGAGAGAAAGAGAGAGAGAGAGAGACACUUAUGAGUCAGUGCAUGCGAUUCUACCUUUCAGGACAGAAUGUCUGUCUAUCCACCAAGUCAAAUCCAUUAGGUACACAAAAGAUCAAGGAAAAGUUAUUUAGGCAUUUGGGAAUGGAAAAGGUACUGUGUGAGUGGGGAAGGAAUCAGGGGUAGCUUAGUCUUCCAAAGGCUCUGGCUUAUCCUAGCCCAGUGAGGUUGGGGGUUGUGUGUGUGUGGAGAGAGGUCAGGAUGGUGAUGCUGGAGGGGAGCUAAAAGAAGGUUACAGAUGGAGGCUCCUUUUCUUGGUUCUUGAGCCAGUUUCUAGGGGAGAAGGCACAGAGAACUCAGAUUGGUGUCUGGGGCUGUAAUGUUGAGGCAAAGGGACAGGUGAGCCCUCAGCAGGAGCGGUGUGGUCUGAUGAGGGACCCAGGGGGUGGGGGGUGGGUAGGAAGCCCACAGAAGCCACUCUGCACUGACUUGAAAUACAGCAACUGCCUUUGGAAUUGGGUGGGGAAAGAGAGGCCCCAGCGUGGCCUCUGAUUCUAGUAGAAGUCCUCCCCUUUGUCAGCUUCCCUUCCUCCCCUCCCUGCUUGCAUCGUUUGGCUGGACCCCAGGUCCUCAUGGGCUCACAGAGUGCAGGCACGAGCGUGGUGCUUUGUUGGUGUGGGUUGAUCAACCCCUUCUUUUUCCUGCUCUUGAGAGCAUCAUUUGGAGCUGGCACUCUUUGGGUGGGUAUGGCCUGCCGCCCUAGAGCUUUUCUUCUUGGUAGCUAGGCCACUGAGAGGAGCCAAGAGGUGGGGCUCAGGAGGGGAUGUGGGGAGAGUGAGCAAGCCGGGGUGUGCUUGUGCUCGAGAUCCUGUGUGCUUGAGACACCUUCUGGUCCCUCCACAAAGUGUGAGGGAAGAGGGCUGGUCACUGCGCCUUGUCCUCUGCCUCUUGUGCCCCCUCCCUCACAACCCUCAUCCUAUGUAUUAUAGAGAACUUUCAGCUCAAAUCCUUUCUAAGACAGUGUGAAUAGGAUUUUUACUCCCUCUUUGUACAGUAUUCUGAAAGAAGCAAAUAAAAGGCAGUGUGUUCCUGUC